AUGGACUCAGGCUUGAAUUUGCAGGUCACAUUGGCUUCCCAGUCUCCAAUCAUAGGAGCACCGCAACCGCCCGCUAUUCACAUCACAGCAUCUGUUCACAACGCCGCUGACUUCCCCAUUACUUUCCUGAAAUGGGCUACCCCGUUGGAUCCCCAAGCUGGCGUACUAGGUGUCUUUGAGAUCUGGGACAAAGCACAGAAUAAGACAAUGCCAGUUCCUAUCAUCAAAGUAUCGCGCAAACUUCCAGCCUCCAGGGAAGAUUUGGUGGAAAUACUCCCACGCCAAACACUGCAAACCACAAUUACUUUACCGACAACCAACCUUGACAAAGGCAAUGAAUAUUCAAUUCGUGCCCGAGGUGUUUGGCACGCUGUCUGGCCUACCGGAUUAGUGGAUGUUACCGCGUCACAGCUAGAGGACACUCAGGGGGCAAGUCGUGGAGAGUUUCUUUCCAAUGAAUCACAUGUGAAGAUUGGGGAAUGA